CACCAGCUUGCAGCUUCUGCGAGCAUGGCAGGAUCCUCCAGAUGUUCAAUAGGCCCAACCCCCGCCACAACUUGGAGCUCCCAUUAAGCCUUAAGUAGCCCGAGGAGCAUCCUAGGUUUAUUAGAAUCCAUUCCGUCACACGACUAGGGUCGUUGUGCGUCGAAUCCUCUUAACGUCGUUUCUCUCCGUCUUCUAGUUUCCGUUGUCUCUGUUUCUCUCACUCCACACCGCCAUGUAUGGCUUCGCUGUCCCUGCAGUCGUUUCCCUGUUGCUGGCAGCAGUAUCAGCCAAUGAUAACAUCCGUAAACCUAAUUCCACAUACCUUUCCGAAUCUGAUAUCCAAGCCGUUGCACUCAAUGUCUCUUUACAGAAUCCUGAUCCUGAGAACGGGUUCGCGCCUGGGUACAUUUCCAUAGCUCCCUAUGGUCUAAUCCAGCGCGGGCCGUACAUCUAUGAUAGACUCGGCAACCUUACAUGGAGCGGUUACGAUGCAGCAUAUCAAAUGAGCCAUGCCAUGGACCACAAAGCUUGCACCACCUACGACAGCAGCGACCACUUCUGCAUGUGGCGUGGCUCGCAAAACCAAGGAUAUGGCCUCGGUGGAGGCACCAUGAUGAACAGUGGCUAUGAAAUCGUCAGGAUGGUUGCAUGCGCCCACGGCAAGUACGCGGACAUUCACGAGGUCAAUCUUACCAACGGCGGCAAGCAACACGAUGCACACUUCAAUCUCGAAGACUCUACUCCCACCAUCGUCUCACUCUUCGCCAACGCCAGCAACGGCUUCAAUCGAACUGCAACCAAAUCGUCCGGCAUGAUCAUUGCCAUAAAUACUGAUACGAAAGCCGCCACCCUCGUCUUCCAGACUUUUGCCUCCAUUCCCAGUGGCAUUCUCUCAGACUCGCAAGGGAACUCGCGAGUCCUUGACUCUGGCGCAGCUUUCCAUGGCUGGGGCUCCUUUCCCACCGUCUCAGAGACUGACCCCGCUGGUGAGGCUGUCUUGUACGCCACAUUCAGCGCAUACCCCGUUAUGAAGUACCGCGCGUAUACAGCCCCAUGGGUCGCGACUCCAAACGACAAGCCCGCACUCAUCACCCAACCGCAUAUCCAAAACACGUCCACCGCUCUCUGCGCUUAUGUGAAUUGGAACGGCGCGACAGAGGUCCAGUCCUGGCGCUUCUGGGGCAGCACAUCCGUCUCGGGCCCCUUCCACGUACUAGGCAACAUGACGAAGAAGUGCUUCGAGACCCGCUUCGCGCACGCAAACUACGGCUCAUUAAUUUUCGCGGAAGCAGUCGGUGGCGGUGGCGAGAGCUCCGUCAUUCCCGUCGACCUGCUGGGCAGGAACGGAACGACGAUCGUACCGAGUUCAGUGCCGGAAAGCAGUUCGGUAGUGAGCAGCAGCGGUAUUAGGUCGACUGAGCUCACUACAGAGGUGCCCGGGCAGACGGCUGCCACGACAGUGACGACGGCGGAUUCGACAGCGACGGGGCCCGCGCCGGUCGCGACGACAAGCUCUACGGCUGUGCUGGCGCAGGACGCGGGCCCAGUGGGGAAGACGCUUGCGUUAUGUAUAGCUGUUGGAGUGAUGUUUGCGUUUCUUUAGUGAAAACCUUUACAUUCACUCUCUGAAGAGUCGAGAUGGCCCAGGGGUGCCUAACGUAGCUAUCUACGCUCUAAAGACGCACGUCUACACGCUCUGAUGUUAGACAUGCAAGAGAUCUUGUGCACUUUAGCAUGUCGCAUACUUAAGGACUAAUUUACAGCUUACGAACCUUUACAUACACUC